UUUUCAAAAAAUGAAUAAAAAUCUUCCAGAAAAUAUCUAAAGUGAUUACAUAUAUAUCAGUAAAACUUCUAAUAUUUUCUUUAAGAACAUUCAAACCAAACAACAACCAAAAUUCACUGGAUUUUGGUAGAUUUUUUUCUGAAUGUUCUUAAAGAAUUUUUUUUUGCACCAAAAAAUGUUCAAAAAUUUCCCCAAUAUGUUGAAAAUGUAGAGGUUUUCACUAUGAAUUUUAAUUUUUUUUUCACAUUGUCAAACUUUAAGAUGGGUCAGUUUGACCUGCAGGAUGACACGAGGGUUAAUAGACUGACAAAGUGACGCACAGCUGACAGUUAGAAUAACGGCUACAGCUGAAGGGCAUGAAGGGAUCAGAGCAGAGAAAAAAGCAGUUGUAUUUAUUGUGUAAAAUUUUAAAUAAUGCAGAUUUAAUAUAGCUGGGCAGUUUUAUAGUAAAGGUGUAAAGCAGCGUUUUGUCUUUGCUUGAUAUCCAAAAACCAGUCAAUUUAAGGGUAAAUUUAUCCAAUGUUGUUGCAUAUAUAUUUUGAUUUUCUUCUUCAUUUUAUAGCUGUACCUUGUGGCAGGUUUUCAGCAGGACUAGUGAUCGUAUUCAGUAACUUAUGUCUACAGCAGUAUACUUAUGUCUCAAAAACAUGAAUUCUUCCAGGCUUUAAUGUGUAACUUUCCUUAUCAUUGUUCUUCUUCAGAAUUGGUUUCUGAUUUGGAUGUCUGUAGCAUAGAAUGGUUUUACAGGAUUUGAACAGUUUCAGGUGAGUUUUAAGUUGGGUGCCCGUGUAGAUCUGCACACUUUGAAAGCAGGAAAUGAUUGUAUUCUGGAAAUAACUUGGAUUCACAGAGACCAGUUUUUAGGGCUUUCAGUUAUUUAUGUGUGUAACAUGGUUUCUCACAAAUGUCUCUCUUUUCUUUUCCACUUUGUCUUCCUUCUGUUUGUCUGUCUGGAAACAGCAUGGAGGAGUGUGACCUGCUGAAAGAGAGGCUCCAGGCGAUCACUGAGAAGCAUCGCAUUCAAGAGGACAUUAGACAGAAGAAACUGGAACUGGACCAGGAAAAACUCAAACUACAGCAUCUAAAGAAAAAGGCCCUGAGAGAACAGUGGCUGCUGAAGGACUCGGCCGUCCACAAUGCAAGAGACUCCACACAGCAGCAGAACCUUCUGAGUGACCAGCAGCAGACCAGAGCGCUGCAACGCCACAUUCACAAGAUAGAGAUGGAGGUGGAAGCUCUGGAGAGAGAGGAGUCUAUGAUUUCUACCAAUGAGACUUUCAUCCUAAACAGACUGAAGGCCGUGGAGAAAAGUUCAGAGGAUAUCAUCAAGGAGGUCCAGGACAGCUUUGUUCCUGAACCAUUACAGGUCACCAUGGUGAUCCCUGAUGUCCCAGAAUCCCUCUCUUCACCAAACAGCACACACUCUGAAACCAACACAAUAAGAAAGACUCUGUUUGCCAUGGAGAUCAAUGUGAAUAAGAACAUGCUGACUGGGGAGAGCAUGGUGCUUUCUACUGCAGCCGUUCCUCCUGAACACCUCAACCAACACAACAGGCUCAAGGGUUUUGACGACGGCAGGAAGUGUGUUUACGCCCUCAGUUCUCCGGAGGGCUCACAUGACCAGAGCUGUGUGUCUGAGCUGUCAGCCAGUGAGGUGGAACAGUUACUGAGAAGUGCAACAGUGCAUCGCCAAGUAACGCAUCAAAACUACCACCAGAAUCCCAGGAAAAGGGAUGAGCGUAGCUUUUACAGCCACCAAGACAACAGAGACAGAGAGGAGUUCCGACAGCAGGAACGUUACAGAGCCGAGGAAGACUUUCACUGCAGGGAAAACUGGCAGAGAAAACCACACGAUGAUCACCACUAUCACCAGGAAAGCCAUUACAUCAGGCACGAAGACAGAACCAGCCCAGGAAACCUGAGGGAACGUCAUCGCCUUGGAAACAACCAUGGGCUGGGCCUUCACCAUGGCAACCAGAGCGAUUGUCGCUACAUCUCGUAUAAAGUGAGGAAUCGUCAUAGUGUUCAGGAAGACAGACCCGUCAGCCACCAAACCAACGGCAUCAUCAGAUCCAGUAGCGGGAUAAACGGGAGCAGAUCCAAUGGCUUCGCUUCACACAGAUCACAUGACCAGGAAGUAGUGAUGGCUCACCAACCACAGCUUAGCUACACUUCAGCCAAUUAUAUUCCUCUGAAAGAUUACAUCAGCGUCGACGAGGAGGAACUUUAUUGCUACCAGCCAUACAGCCAAACUGACAACAGCCACAACCAAUCCAGCGCUCUGUACUAUGGCCCCGCCCACAGCGACCGGGUCCCCUCCCCCCUCUAUGGAGACGACACCCCUUACACCAUCCUCACUGCCUUGGACACCACCGAGCCCAUCACGGCCAUCUUCAUGGGCUUCCAGACGACGCAGGACGACAGCGGAGUUCAGGAGUUUGACGGCGCCCUGAAGGCUGAGCUGGUCAUCAUCGAGGACACCGAGGACAACCCUGACGACCUCAUGAAGGAGAAGAAGAACCACAUCCAGGGUCGAGCAGGAAGUUCAACCAAUGGACUUCUGGAGGGAGGUGGAGGACAGACAGAGAAACGUGUGGGACCAGAUCCCGUUGAUCCAAGGACAACAGAGUCGUCACUGGUGAAGCUUGACAAACAGCUCAGCUGAAACACAUCGCCUGUUUGGCAGAUUUUCCUGCUGGUUCAUCUCUGCAUUGAAGACACUCCAGUAUGAACUGAUUUUCCGUUUGCAUGAGUCUUCUAUGGCAGUAAAACACAUUACAGGAGAUUUCAGAAACUCUUUUAGCUUAAAAUGGACCAUUUUAGGGCUGACUGACCCUGAAACACUCACUAUUAGCUGAUAACACUGGUGUUGUGGGUUCCAGGUAUGAGAACACCACUGGGAGCUAAUUUCACUCAUCUUUGUCCAUCCUAAUCUUCCCCAUAAGCAUGUUAGCAUUUUCUUUGCCAUGAGAAACAACGUCAAUCUCUGGGCUUGCAACGUUCCACACAGAAAAUGUUAAGUUAUGCAGAGGAUUUGGAUCUAUGAACAGAAUUAUAGAGGUGUGUAGCCAGACCAUAAUGGCUCAGCGAGAUGACUAGUGUUGUGACAUUAAGGCUACAAACAGCCCACAGUGCAUCACUCUGUUCUGAUUAUCUACUCUUUAAAUGCAAGAUGCCCCCAGUUUUAAAAAUCUAAUUUACAUGGGGAAUAUUUUCCUAUGUUAAGGCAAAUACAAUAUAAAAACUAGAAAAGCACGUAGAGAGAACAGUCCUCCUCCAAGGCUGCUCAUUCCCCCAUAUGGCAUCGUCAGAAAUGCACCAUAUAUUAUUGUAGAAAUGCAAUAUUUUAUUAUUAUUGAUGGUCAGAAAUCACGGCACUACAGAAUAUGUCCAUUUAAUAUAGAUGGACCCACAAAGUUAAUGACCUGAGCACAGGCAUGUGUCAUGCAUGUGUACGUUAUGUAGGGAUACUAAAUCAUGUGACCUACAUAUGUGCAAAUUACUCUUAUAUGGGUCUGUUGAUCAGUUCAUAACUUUUGACAAGCCUUUGUUUUGCUAGUGUUAAAAUAACCGUUCCCUCAAUGCUUUUAUUUUGAAAGUGCAUUUUUAAUAUUACAGGCUUUUAUUUUUGGCACCAUUCCUGUGGCACAGGAAGUGCUUAUCUAAGAAGCGGUUUCUUGACAUGAGGAAGACACUGCUGAAAAGUCCGAAAGUUCACAUAAGGAUGGAAGGAAAACUCAGAAAAACCCCAUAAUUUAAUCAGUUGUUCCUUGGAUCAUUUCUGAUGGAUAAGUCCUGAUAAGUCCUCAGUGGUGGAUUUGUAGUAGGAUCACAAUCAGUUGAUGUAGUGUUCACUUGUUGUCAUGGUUACAGUGAUGCCGUGCCGCUAUCUGGCAAUGAUACAGAAAUCUUUAACAAAUCCGUGGAUCCAGACUAUAAGCCGCAUCACUGCCAGAAUCUAAUCACUUGGUCCUUGUGCCAUUUCUGACCUUCCCUGGAAAUUUAAUCUAAAUCCGUUGGUCUGUUUUUGAGUAAUGUUGCUGACAGACACACAGAUUCAGAGACAAACGUACUCCGAUCAUCACAUAACUCCACCGCAAUCCUUGGCGGAGUAUGAAGUUGGAACCAUUAAAUAGCCUCAGAGUGAAUGUUCUACCAGAAAGAGUUUCUGGAGUUUUAGUUAUGUGUGUCGUGUUUACGUACCGUUGAAGCUGAUGUUCUCGUUGAGUCCUGGAGACACCAGCACUGUGUCGUACCUCUCCCUCCCUCUCCUCCACUCCUCCUCUCUCCUCCUCCUCCACAUCUCCUCCCUCUGCUUCCUCCACUCCUCCUCCCUCUGCCUCACCAUCCGGAUCUCCUGCUCCACCAGCGACUGGCUGCUGAGGGAGCGCAGCUUGAAGAACGGGUUGGAGGUGAAGGUGCUCUCCUGCGUCUCCACGGACAUGGGGGCGGAGCUCAGGCAGAACUCAGAGGCGCUGCGAAUGAUCAGGUUGGAGGUUUCCACGACGAUGACGUUGGCGGAUGGCACCGCAUCCUGGCUGGCCGGCCAAUCAGAGAGGCCGCCGAUGGCCGUGGACAGCAGGCGGCUCCUGGAGGAGGAGCCGGAGGAGUCGGGCUCCAGGAUGAUGACGUUGUUGGCCAUCAUUUCAUGAUAGACAGACCUGGGCAGGAAGGAGGAGCAAGAUGGAGACGGGGAGAUGGACAGAGUCGGGGUUCGGCAGGCCGGAGGUCUGGGAGGAGAUCUUCCUGUCUGCAGGGUGGAUGGUCUGAAGAACAAACACAACAGGCUUCAGUCUGGAUCCAUCAGAACAUCCACAGAACAUCCAUCAGAACAUCCAUAGAACAUCAACAGAACAUCCACACAGCUUUCUGACUGCUCGUGCUGCCAGUUCAGUUUUUGGGAAAAAUUUGCGUAAUAUUGAAAAUCUUUUAAGCUGCGUUGUUUCCUUUAUGUAACCAGUAGAUUAAAUCCAUCUUCCUUUGGUAGCAAAGCAA